AUGAAUGAACGCCAAGAAGUGAAAUAUCCUGACUCUGAUCAUGAGAACGGUACCGAAAAUAGUAACCCCACUGUUAAACCCAGAAGGAAGAAAACAUCGAGAGCAUGCAACCACUGUCACAAGGCACACAUGACAUGUGACCCGGGAAGACCUUGUAAGAGAUGCAUUCAACGAGGUUUGGAUCAAACAUGUGAAGAUGCCCCUCGUAAACGGAAAAAGUACCUAGAUGAUGUCCCAAAUUCCAGCUUGACGAUAAAAAGAACACAGAGUCUACCUCAAGAUCAUCAAUCAAGCCAUGACUUGCAACACGGCUACUCAUUGAACACGACGUUACAACAACCUCAUGCUCAAAACUUGCCUUUAGGACAGAAUAAUCAUGCAUUUCUCGAUAUACACUCCCGUUUACAACUGCGUCAGUCAAACGAGCGGGACCAGCAAGUUCCGCUCCAUCAUCAAGGUGUGAGUGCUCCUGCACUACAGCCUCAAACACAAUUGCAACAACAAGUUGCCGAUCAGCAGCAGAUUCAACCCCAAAUGCAAUCAAUAUCACCACCCUUAGCUAGACCAGCUUCGGCAAUUCCAGAACAGUAUCAAUUGUAUCUGCAGCCUCAGCGACCUCAGCUGCUACCACAACCAAAUAAUUUCACUCCCAACCAUACGACAUACCAAGCCACCUUGUUCCAACAUAAUGCGUCAGGACUGGGAAUCCAAUCCACAGCUGACUACUACUACCAAAAUUCUUUCAAUCAGUCUCGCCAGCAUUCACAGCUGGAGCAGGAGCAGUCAUCUUCAAAUUCUCAAUUAGCUCCACAACAAUCAAGUAGAGCACCAACUAGUGCAAACUCACCAACUUCGUUUAUCCAAUAUCAAAAAAAGUCAAAAUUUCUCUCCACUGCCGCAGAUUUGGAGUAUGCCACCCUUUCCAAUAUUUUGCAAGACAACUUUGGCGGCCAUCAUACAACGUCAAAUGAAGCAACUCCCAACUCACAUAUUAUGUCCCCAAAUCUAUCACCCCAUAAUAUGUCCAACGCAGGAAACACAGUGCCGCCAAUACCCGAAGUGGAGUACCAAAGAGGGACAGAGACAACGACAUACAACAACGGGUUACAACAUAAGCACCUGGAUGUAUUAACAGCACCAACAUUCAGAAAUACGAGUACCUUAUUUGAAGAUUCAAAAUAUCCCAAAUGUGAUGAAUCAAUCAAUCAAUAUUUUAUUGGUCAAAUAGAUUCCGAAAAGACAUCAUUAUUUCCCGAUAUUAUCACUGCUAUCGAAGAGAUGAAAAACACAGAUUACACAGUGUAUGAAGAGCGAAACUCAAAACUGAAAUUGUCAUUUUCAAUUGGAAUCCUGCAUGACGAAAACAAUCCGAGCAACGUCAGCGGCAAAGAAGAAGCGUUCUUUAAAGAGCCAGAGGAGAUUUACGCAAAAGUUACUAAACCAUUUUCAUAUACGCCUGGGUACCAUUCGCUUAUUGCCUAUUUACGCAAACGGUUCCCCAAACCUUUGCUAGUCGAGAUGGCGAAAUCAAUGGCCAUUUACCGACCAUCUUUCAUUGCCUGUACCAAUUCAUUAAAGGAGCAUGAUUUGAUAUUUAUGGAACAAUGUUUUCAAAGAACAUUACUCACAUACGACAAUUUUAUUAAAGUCAGUGGUACGCCGACUAUUGUAUGGAGAAGAACUGGCGAAAUAGCUUACGUGGGAGAUGAAUUUUGUGUUUUAACUGGAUGGAACAAAGAGCAGCUAAUGGGUAAAGGUCAGCGGAAAUUCAUUGUUGAGUUACUAGAUGACAAAUCAGUGGUUGAAUAUUUUCAAGUAUUUUCUAGAAUUGCCUUCGGGGAUUUUUUAGGUGCUACAAUGACGGAAUGUACUUUGUUAACGCCAAAGCCAGAUGUCAAAAUUAGAACUGGUUGCGUGUGGACAUUAAAAAGAGAUGUAUUCGGGAUACCCAUGAUGAUUGUGGGGAAUUUUUUGCCAAUUAUUUAG